CGGCCGCUACCUCCGCCGUCGCCCCGCGAGGUUGCCUCCCUCGCCGCUGCCAUCGCCACAGUCGCCAGGGCCGCUGCGAAGCCAGGACUGCUGCAGCCGAGCCUGCGACACCCGUGACGCGGGGCCUUGGAGACGCGCGGCCCGGAGCGCCGAGGAGAGGACCAGGGAGGCCGAGCGGCCAUGCGGGCGGCACUUAGGUGAAGGAUGCUGGCCGGCAGGCCCGGAGCCCAGAGCGCAGGCGCGGGCCUGGGCGCCGGACCCCGGGACGCGCUUGGCGCCCGGGACAGCGGCGGGCGACCGCGACCGGGCGCCUACCUAGAUACGAAAAUCCAUCUCGAGAAAAAUUUAGAAGAAGAACGCCAGAUACUACUACAGCAACAAAAACUAUGCCGGAAUCGAGCACGUAAAUAUUUCAUGGAGUCAAACCGGAGAAGAAAAGCUUUUGAGGAGAAACGUCAAAAGCAAGAAGAAAGAGAAUAUCAAAUUAGAGAACAGAUCCUGCAGCAGAGGAAGCAAAAGUUUGAAGAAGUUACUGAAAAAUUCCAGCGUGCCCAUGUUCCUGUUUCUCAGAGAAGGAGAGCAGUUCCUCCAUUAGAAGAGGCCCUAAAACAAAUUCAAGAAUCCAACUUAAAACCAGAAGUAAACAUUUCUCUUUCCCACAGGCCAGCAACAAACUGGCGAGCUAUAGAUUCUGCCUUGCCUUCAGCGUUGUCAAAAAAUGAUUACAAGCAUCAAAAACCUCUCGUACGCAGAAUUAACCAUAAUAAAGAAAUGAAGGAAAACAACAUAGCAAGCCUGGCUACUAACAGAAAUGUGCUCCAGCUUAAACUGGAGGAGACACAGAAGCUCCUCGAGAAUCAGCAUUUAAGUGAUCUGCAAAAAUUUUGUGAUGAAGUUAAUCAGAUAGCCAAUUCUGAAACUCUCUCAAGUACAGACAGUCUUGAGGCUGGAGAGCGUGAAGAAAUAUACAUCACACUUAGUAUGGAGCCUUCCACAUCAACCCAGCAGAACUCUGUUCCCCUCAAGUCAGCAAAUCUACAGUCAGCUCAUUUAAACUGCUUUGAUGAAGACAAACUGUCAUUCUCUAAAACUCAGCACAUAAACAAUUGGCUUACAAACUUAGAUGCUCAAAAUACUCAGCCUGUUGUAUCUUUUUCAGAUAUUUUAAUUAAAUCUAAUAUUCUGCCUUCAUGGGAAUGUUUGAAUAGUAAAGAACAAAAUCCACCUGCUUUGAAUAGAGCUGUAGGAAGAGCCACAAGAACUACUAGUGACUCAGUGGUCUUUGUGUGCAGCCCUUCUGUAGUUGCACUAGAUAAAAAAGAAAACACUGCUGAAAAUAAUACUGUGAGGACAAAUGAUCCUACUAAUGGAGCACUCCAAAGGGAGAGGCCGCCACGAACUGAGUCCCCAACAUUUCAAGUCAGUCGAGCCUGGACUACUCCAGAAUCUCUAACCCAGGAAGCAACUUUGUUUUCCAUCCAAGAGAGACCUUCCAAGUUAACUUGGGAAAGCAAAACUACUUCAAGUCCUGCUUCAUCUGCACCAGUUUUGCCGCCUGAUUCACAGUCAGGUGGGCCGUUAGCAGAGAACAACACACAAAUAAAAGAAAUUGACCCUGUGCAGUGUUCUGAUAAGUUAGAUGAAUUGAAAGAUAUCAAACAUGAAAGGAUAAUUCAUCCUAACUGUGAUAAAGAAAAGUCUUUACUUUCAGACAAUUUUCAGACCACCUGUGCACUUCAAAUUUCUAAUUCAAAUGAUACAAAACAAAAAGAAAGUGACCCAUCAGCACCAUUGUGUGCCUGCCCUCCUGAUUGUGACCAGCACAGUGUGAAACACAACAUCCAUGAUCAAAAUGGGGUGCAGCUGCUUAAGAGUAUAUUAAAGAAAGAAUCCAGAUAUGAACAUAAUUAUUUGAGGGCAUUAGUUAUGAAUCAAGGUUUUAAGUUUAGACACCACAAGGCAGGAAGUAUUAGAGAUAGUAUUGAAUUAACAAAACAGAAAGGGAAAGGUACAGAAAUAUCAAAGACUAGUAAAAAACUGCGGUGGUUUGAUGAAAGUGCUAACAUAGAAAAUGGUGUAAAUAAUAGCCACCCGAUGAAGAACAGAGCAGGAAUGGCUCCACCGUGCUUCCAGCACUGUCACCCCAACAGUGUCACCUGCAACCUGACCAGUUUUCCUGAAUGUCCUGUACAUUCUGCUGGUGGAAAGAAAGCCAAGGCUGAUUCUGUCUCUGAGAAUGUUACUGAUUUAGGAGGAUAUGAAAUGGACAGUGUGCCUUUGAACUCUUCUGAAUCUUCAGGCUAUAGCUUUGCCAAACAAGCCUGGUCACCCUGCAGAAAGGAAGAGAGCAAACCCCCUGUACAUGCUAGUGACUCUAAGACCCAAAAGGCUAAGCCUCAGAGGGGAACAAAAUUCACGAGAAGAACAGGGUCUGCAAAGGUCCAGAAAAGCCUUGUACAUGUAAACAGAAAACCCACUGUUAGCCAGCCACAGUCUUCAGGCAAAGCCAACACACUGGCCCAAACUCAGGGUAAACUAAUUAUACCUCAUCCUCCAUCUAAACCACCAACAAAUAUUAAAGGUGGUAAAAAUAUGCAAGCGUCUCCAUGCCAAUCAGCCAUACCUGAAUAUUCUCAAAAUGUCGUAACUCAGAGCACAGCAUCCGUGCUUCCAACAGAGUACCAUUUGAACCAGGGGACUCAAGAAAGUAGUCUCUCAUUCCCAGACACUUGUUCUAACCUCCCUGCUGUGAGCCCAGCUCUACCAACUCCUUGCUCUUCUGAGUGCCAAUCCUCAGCAAAAGUCAACUCAAAUGGCACAGCUUUCCAGAAAGAUGGAGCAGUAUAUUGUACCCAAAGAAGUCCUGUUUGUGAAGAAAGCUACCAAUCUUUGAUUCAUAGGAAUACUGAAGAAGAAUCAAUUCUCCCAUGGAGAAAAAGAAUCAAUGGACGCCAAAAUGAGAGGACCACUGAUUCUACUGUUACAAGAAGAAAGCAAAUUGUUGAAAAUAAAUGGAAAAAACUGUUAGAGCAGAAAAGGAAAACCUCUGGAUCAGUAGGAAUAAAGCACACCGAGCAAAUAACUCAUUUUGGACAAAAUGUCCCACCAAGUACAAGUGAACCAAUACAAGCUACAAGAGGUGUCAAGUCUGAAGAAGUUUCAGAUAGUACUUCUGAGGUUUUGGUGGCAGAAAACCUCAUGAAUUCUUCACUGCCUGAAGAUGAAAUUCUGACUGGCAUAAACAGCAAGCAGUUACAGAAACCAAAUCUGUCCCAAACGUCCACUAUCUGUGCCCUCUCAGCUGAGGAGCAGAAGAUCCUGCAGUCUCUCCAUCACCUCGAUGAAAGGCUGUACUCUCCUUCCCUCCCACCUCCUGUCUCCCUUAGAUCCAUUCCCCCACCGCCUCCCUUCAGAAAAGAUGAGGCCUCCAAGAGACAACCACCAAACACGACAAAAGAAGAUACAAUAAGACAAGGCAAAGGCCCUCACACCAAUGCUGGACAAGGCAGCCCAGUAGGAGGAAGCGUCCCAAGAGCAGGCAAAACUGUAAUUUUUUUGUAAAUGCCAAGAAAGAGUCAUUCUGGUCUCUGCAGCUUCCCCCUACUGCUCCCUGGGAACUUGUCUUCUAUCCCGGAACUCUUUGGGGUUCCCAUUGUUCUUGCCACCUUACCUGCCUCUUUCCGACUAUUCUUCAGGACAUGACUGCAAACUUCCACAUGGGAAGCCUAUUGCAGCCCAAGCUUUCUCCAUGUUGGCCCCUCUGCAGUCUGACCAACUCUGGUUCUCCCUGUGCAUCUGUCACUCUGAUAGGACCACAGCUAGAGAAAAGAAGGUAGCUCCUGAGGCAGCAGGUGAACUGCGCAAUAUAACGGAGUCACCAUGAGACCACCAAGGCCUUAUAAUUGCUUAGGUGUAAAUUAUCAAAGCAAAACCCCUACCAAUCUUAGAAUUUUCAUUUUAGAGCAUCUUAUUUAGUUUUAAAAUAAAAAAUUUAAUGAAUUUUUAAGAAGCAAGUUAUUUCUUCGGCCUAAAAUAUAUGUUAAACAUCCCCAGAAUCUUACCUGGCUUCCAAGUAUUUCUGUAAAAACCAAACAAGGAAGGAAGAAGGUUACACUUAACCAUUUACACAAUAGCUAGCCAAAAGUUUCUCUGCAUUGGAUGGUGGUUUUUGAGACGGACAUCAUAGCUAGCCAUGAACACUUGGUCCUCCUGCCUCUCACUCCCAAGAGCUGAGAGUACAGCAGUGCACACCACACCUGGCCUUUGAAAGCUACUCUUAAGGCUCUGGAGAGGUGGCUCAGUGGCCCGGUAGUGAAGUCCUGCUGCACAGCGUAAAGGCCUGAGUUCAGAUCCCAGCACCCACAUAAAAAUGAUAUGUAGUUUGUGGGUCAGCCCUUAGGCACAGAAACAGUCAGCCAAAAUGGUGAUCUUCAGGUUCAGUGAGAAAAGACCCUGUCUCAAAAAAGUAAUAAUAGUAAAUUAAGUUGGAGAGAGAAAAAAGUGCCUAAAACCUACCUCCGGCCUGCACGUGCACAUGCAGACAAGCACAUCUGCCCACGCACGACCAUGCCACACACGCACUCAAAGGAAAUUCCUAUAAAGCACAUAUUACCAAUAGUAAAAUAUGAAAAUUAUGCAUUACUUUCCAUACAAUGCCCUAUAAAGAGUGGUGUGCAGCAUCAUUGAAAUUUGUGUAUGUACUAUUUUGAUUUGAGUUUUAGUCUUCUUAAAAGCUGUGAUCUAAAAGGAGAAUGACCUGUGAACAUCUGCAGACAUGACAGUUAAGAGAACCCUCUGACCUCUCUUACAGAGCAGCCAGCCCAGGGCCAGUCUGUCUCCUGAUGUUGGAUCCACUGUGCAAAGAAAAUAUUGAUGAGCUGUGAUAGUCACUGCUUAGUGGAAUCAUUAUUUUUGAGAAUUCCUGUAAAUAAGUUCUGUAUUUCUGCAUUUAUUAAUGAUUUAAAAUAGACUUUUAUAGUUAUAAAAGUAAAUCAUAAUGUACUUAAUGGAAAUGAACUUACUAGCUUAUAUUUAUGCUACAAAUUAUACUUUAUUAUGUAUUUUCUUCAUACAUUUUUAAUGAAUGAAAUAUUUCAUUGUUUUCAAUAAGCAUGCUACUGGGUAUAAAUUUUCCCUAUUUAAAAAUAAAAGAAUAUUUUAUUAUUCAAAUUAUGUAUUAGGUAUAAUAGUGAAUCUUUGUUUUCUGAAGUUCCAAUAAAUUUUUGUACAAGUAUACAAGAAGCUUAUUAUUAAUAACAUCCCCAUAAAUAAUAAAGCUAUUUGUCUAAGACUUUGCA